CAUUUUACAGUUAUUUUGAUAGAAUAUAUUUAAAUUUCACACAAAUUAAAAUUUUCCGCUAUGGCAGUUUUAUAUAGAAUUCAAAAACUUGUGGAAAGGGAUUCUAAAGAAAUUAGUAGUUUAUGGAAAGUUUUUGCUAUAAUUUUAUGCUCAACAACGGCUGUAACAGCUAUGAUCUCAUACAUUGCUCAAGGUAGAAUAUAUGAAGGAUUUGGUGGAGUUUGCAUUCUUGAAAGUCAUAUAAAAUUUAAAGAAGUUCCUGAUGUUAUAAGACCUACAAAGUUGUAUAAUGAAUAUGAUUCAUUUUUCGAACAAGGUUCUUCAUAUGGUGCAGAAGAAAAGAAUGAAUCAAUUUCCAUAAGUACUGCCAAUAGAACUAGUAAGCAUUUUCAAAUCGAUAUUGCUAAAUCUCAAUGGGGUCCUGAUGAUCUAUGCCAAUUUUGUCAAUAUGUUCCUGCUAUAUCUGUAGUUGUUGGCACUUUUUGGGCAACUAUGUUUUCAGCUUGCCCUCGAGGUGGAAUCAACAGACGAGGAUUACGUCAGUCUUGGCGUAUUGUACCAGCAGCAUUUGUAUUUUUCUUGACAAUUGCUUCUUUUAGUGCCUUAGCUUCUAAUAGACUGGAAAAAUAUUUAUUAGCAUUUUGCACUGAAUUUUCUGCUAUUACAAACACCUCUAGUUGCACAGGUGUGAUUGACUCUUUUACAAUUCAUUUUCAUGAUGACAAGAUUCAUUGGCCAGUUUUCAAAUGGAUUGAUACAUCAAUUGUGUGUUUAUGGUUAUCGACUGGAUGCUGGAUAACAGCAGCAAUUUUGAUGUUACUAAGAUUCUGUUGUCUAGUAGAUUUUCAGAUUUCCAUCACAACUAUUACUAAUAAUCGACCUAAUACAUCAGCAGUCAAUGAGAAUUUACAAGAAGAAAAAUCAAUCAGAAAAUCAUUAUUAAAUAAAAAUAAUCAAGAAGGUGAUAUGAUUACAUCAGUUUGAACAAUCAUUAAGAGCCAUAUUUCAAAUAAUGCCAAUUUUCUUAAAUAAUUUCAAUUUGAUAGCUUUAAAGCUCAAACUUGGCGAAAAGUAGUCAAUAACAUAAUAUAUGCUCAAAACUAUAAGGAAUAAGCUCAUAAUUGUUCAUUAUGCUCCAGAAUUCUGCUUUGUCAGAACUAUACUAAACUUGUACUUUUAAUUCCUAAUAGCAAUGCAUUUUAAUAUAUGUAUUUAUUUUUAUAUUUUAUACAACAUGACUC